AUGGCGGAUGACCUCGACGACGCUCUCUUCUCACUCGGUGCUGGAAGCAAUAAGGCUUCAUCGACAAAGCGCAAUAGGAAAGCCUCCGAUAGUGAUGAAGAUGGAGCCAUCGAUAGUGAUGCUGAUUCGGAGGAGGCGCCCAGGCGAAAGAAAGCGAGUAAAGGAAGCAGCAGCAAACGGGGCAAGAAGCCUCAGAGUGACGAAGAUGAUGGCGAUGAUGAUGGUGACUUCGACGACGAGGAGGGGCUUUAUGAAAACGAGGAGGAUCGUCGUAAGCUCAUGGGCAUGACUGAGCUGGAGCGCGAAAUGAUUCUGGCAGAGCGUGCUGAGAUGCGCGAUAAGGAGCGUCAGAGGCGACAAUUGCUGCAGCAGCAACGCGUGGCGACAGAAAAGGCCGACAAAGGCCGCCGGAAGCAUGACAAGCAGGAUGGGACCCGGGGGAAGGGUACUCCGCGCAGCAAAUCGGCUAGAAGCGCCGGGGCCUUGCGGGGUGCUCGUGACUGGAGCGACAGGGAUUCGGAGGGCGGCGCCGGAUCUUCCGGAGACGAGGAGGAGGCCGCGGGGUGGGGCGGCGGUAUGGACGGUGCGGGGGGUUUUGGUGGCGGCGGCGGAGCCGCCGCUGUCGGCGCUGGCGCCGCCGCCGGCGUCCCCGCCGUCGGCGGCGGCAGCACAUGGGGUAGUGAGCCUGCUGAGGAUGGUCGACGGCAGGCCGCGGCGGCGGCGGCGGCGAGGAGUAAGGAACGAGAACGAGAGCGUCUGAGGGAGCGAGAGCGACACCUUUCCGAUGACGAGGAGGCCCCCGAGGAGGCCACCCUGGAGGAGCUGCUGACGUGUCAGGUAACUCGCAUCCAGCUGGAGGAGUGGUUCACACAGCCCUUUUUCGAGCGGGACGCGCUCAGCGGUUGUGUCGUACGGAUGGCGUACGGCCCAGGGAUGCGGGACGCGUCUGGCAAUACACACCCGGGCUACAUGAUUAUGGAGAUCACUGAUAUUCGGGAGUCGGGUCGUGGCUACUCAUUCGGGUCCCGGGGCGAGAUCACCCACAAGCACCUGGCACUGAGGGACGGCCUGGGGAUCACCCGAGUCAUGGCCAUGGCGAAUUUUGACGAGGCCGAGUACGAGCGGUACAAGCGGCACUGUGGUCGGGCCAGCAGAGCGCCCAUCACCCGGGAGGAGGCGGCCGCGGCGGCAAGGAAGGUGGAGGCAGCGACCAAUUACCGUUGGACUUCCGCCGACCUGAAGUUGGAGCUGGAGCGCAAGAGGGCCUCCCGAGCUGCCCCCGUCAACCCUGCGGCUGAGAAAGCCAUGUUGAAACGCCGCAUGGAGCUUGCGGCUGCUGCGGGUAACAUGGACGAGGUGGCUGUUUUGGAGGAGCAGCUGUCCUCCCUGGAGUCGCACCUGCUCAACCAGAACAACAACAAGCGGGCGUUUGGCAUGAUGGACCUCAACAAGCGGAACAAGCAACACAACCUGACAGUGGCGUACAAGACAAGCGCAGCAGAGGAGCACGGCGGCAACGACGGCAGCGGCGGUGCCGACGUCUUCUCCCGCCGUGCCACCACCCUCAACAUCUACUGGAACACCAAGGGCGCUCGAGGCCGCGACGGCAGUAGCGGCGGAGGUGACAGGCCGUCUGCGGGCGCUGCAGCGGCUGCACGCGCGCAGGCCUCCCUGCCCGACAAGCUGACUCGCGCCCAACAACGGAUGGACCCGGCUGACCUGAUUCGACAUUUGGACUUGGAUGUGGAUUUGACCUUGCUGCGGACGGCGGCAGUUGUCCCUAGUCUGCAGCUGCGGGUGCUCCCCCCUCGGUGGCGGGCCGCGGCGCUGGCAGCGCAUGCGCAGGAUUUGGCUGGCAAGAGCGUGUUGACGAUUGCGGACUGGAAGCGCCGGGCGGGGGAGUACUAG